AUGCACCCUCAUUGUCACGGCAGGGUGAUUUUAACAGUCAUCGAAGAACUGGAUGCAUACAUCAAAACCCAGCCCAUGUGGGAAAGCCUAGAAGAGGCUCACGAACAAAUAUUGGAAGGUCUCGCUCAAACCAGUCCUAUAGAAGAUGAUGAUCAGUGGGGGAACGAAAGAGACCAUGCCCACUAUUGGGCGGGAGAGAUCUUCAUGCGUAUCUGCAAAUCCCCAAUUGCUAUAGACUCUGGCGCCGAUCAUAUCAGACAAGGUAUCCAGGACAUCAUCUUGGAGCAAGAUCUCCAGCCUGAAUUGGAUGGUAGCGUUAUGUUAUCGACAGGCCAGAGGAAAGAGCGAUUGUUCAAUGAAUCUUGGGCAUUGCCCACAGAUGAUCCUUGGGACGCUGAGUUACCGCUAGGGAAUCCGAAUAGCCACUGGUUCACACGAUACAAAGCACUGAUUGAUUCCAAUGAUACAUCGGUGAUCUUUCUCUUCAUUGAAACCCUACAACGGCCUGUCGGACAACCUUCGCUAAAUGAGGCCUACGAAUUUAUUACCCCGACAAUAUAUUGCACAGGCAAUCUGAGAAAGCUGUAUGAUUGGACUGAAAUUGAGGAUGAGAUGGACGAUAGGACUGGAAUUGAGAUUGCCCUUAUUGACCCACCGUGCAACAGGAGGACGGAAAUCGAACCUUCGUCCGAACAAAUCAUUCAGAUGCCAAAGAUCCCCAGUGAUUCUUUUGUCGACCGAGUAAUGCUUCGACUUUGGAAUUGGAAAGGUCGUAUUGACUUGUAUGUCAAGAUUCCGGGCUACAAGGUGAUGGAGCUUCUAUCCGCUGCAAAAGACCAGGUCCGACAGGCAAAAAGAGAGAUCAAAGAGAAGCCUCUAAAUCCUCCAAGCUGGAUCGGGAACCACCUUCCAGACGUCAAGCACAGAACGAGAAGCGACAGUCAGAACUCUAGCCUAUCGCACACGAACGCACUUAGCGGCCUUUUCUCGGAUGAAGGAAACUCGGGCGAGGAGGACUAG